AUGCAAUUGGCCUUUUUGGACUUUGAAGCCGCGUUCGACUCUCCUCACCAAGGCCGUCUUCUCAACGCGCUACGCGCCGAUGGAGUACCAGGAAAGUUCGUUCACUUGCUUGAUGACAUAAAUCAACGAACAACUGCUGCAGUUCAAACACCAGCCGUAUGUACAACACCGUUUGAUGUGACAGUAGAGCAGUAUCCUGGUGACAUCGCCUUAGCACCAUCAAAACGCUCCUUGACCGAUCUCGAGUGCACCGACGAUAUUGUUACAUUUGGGGGAAGCAGCAUGAAACUUCAACAUGUUAUCGACCUUGUAUCGAAACUAUCAGCACUCUAUGGAUUAGGCCUGCGCCUUCAUAAAUGUGAGCAAAUUGUUUAUGGUCCACUUCCACUCAAGCUGCAAGUCUAUCCAUUCGUUAUUCGCCCUGUCAUGAUGUACGAAUCGGAGACUUCACCAGCACCACCUACAACGGUGGCGAAGAUCGACUCCAACGGAUCCGAGCUGCUUAAACGGCUGCUUGGCUACUUUUCGCCUAGGGUACGCCACAAUGAAUAUCUUCACGCGGAAGUCGAUGUGGAGACCAACAGAUCGCCUUGUUCAACGUGUUUUGAGCAGUUUGUCGGGUUCAAGUUGCAAGAUGCCACCAGGUCGAAGGAGGAGGUGCUGAACUGA